UUUUUUUUUUCCCAUAAAAAAAUAAGACGACAAAUUACCGCCAACAAAACACCAUAGAAAAUAUAAAAACAGGAAAGUGGGACGUGCACAUCCCCUGCACCACUCCCCCUACUUCCCAAAGCCCUUGUUCUUCGGCGGCUGCCGGAAAAUCAAGAAACCUUUACACCACUACUAUGGCUAAAAUGGUUGCUGACCCUUUUUCUGUACUAACAGAAGCUACUUGUUGUUCUUCUUCUUCUACUUCGACACUUCGAAGCUCAAAGAUAGUUGCUUUGAGAGUUCGAGCUCAUAAUAAUCAAAACAUAGAUGACAAGAACAGGUUCUACAAAGAGCUCGGUACAUUCGCUUUGAAAAGGAAGAUUGAAGAUUUGGUACUCCGUGCUGAAAUGCUGGCACCGACAGCACUAGAAUUUGAAGAAGCAAGACGCUUCAAACAGGAAGAGAUUAUUCGUGAAUAUGAUUUGUGGGAUGAUGUAGCCAAAUCAAAUGAAGACCUUGUGCAAUUAGCUGAGAGCGCUAAAGCCAUUGAUUCCCUCAAAGACCUUAGAUACAAGGCUGAAGAAGCUAAGCUGAUUACCGAGCUGGCGGGAAUGGAUUCUAUCAACUACGAGUUUUUAAAGCAGGCCUAUGCAGCUUGUGUCAAUGUGAAUAAGACAUUAGAUAAGUAUGAAAUGUCCAAACUUCUGAGGGAGCCAUAUGAUAUGGAGGGAGCAUGUGUCACCAUUGAAUCUGGAAACGAAGGUGUUUACUCAGAGAUUUGGGCAGAAAAGCUCACAAGAAUGUAUAUCAAAUGGGCCGAGAAACAAGGUCAUAAGGCGAGGAUAGUUGAGAAACAAGAUUCAGAGAGCGGUGGUAUUAAAUAUGCGAUGAUUGAGUUAGAAUUCAAAUCGGCAUACGGAUAUCUUUCUGGGGAAAGAGGAAUCCAUUGCAUGAGUGGAAGUUCUGAAAAUAAAUCUGAUCUUUCAAAGGACGGAGCUGCCGCUAUUGAUGUUAUUCCUCUUUUUCUUGAAUCAUCUCCUGACCUCCAAAUUGAUGAAAAUGAUCUAGAAAUCACAACGUCGCCUUCACUCACCAUUCAGCACAUUCCGACAGGAUUGCAAGUCCGGUCAACAGGUGAAAGAAGCCGGUUUGCAAAUAAGCUAAAGGCUCUGAAUCGCUUAAAGGCAAAGCUUCUCAUUGUAAUGAGGGAGCAAGGAGUCUCAGACUUGGCUAGCAUCAUCAGUAGUGAUAUCUCUAGUAGUUGGAACCAAGUAGCCAGGAGGUAUGUGUUUCAUCCAAACAAACUGGUAGAAGAUGUAAAGACAGGCGUCCAAUUGGCUGACCUUACUGCUGUUUUGAACGGAAAUAUUGAACCAUUUAUUGGUGCUCACAUCAAUAGUAGACGGCAUGAAAUCCCAUGAGCCAGAUAGCUUUGCACUCAUCUCAUCAUAAGAAUCCAAGUUCUGGAAUUCUUAUAAUGAUCAGCCUGAUUUGUGCCUCUUCAACCCCUUAUCGCACCACAAAUAGAAAAGAAGAGAGAUUUUGCGAUAGAAAAGGAGCAGAUAAAGGUUAAAGGGUGGGUGAGAAAAGCAGUCACUGCUCCAUUUCGAAAAGCAAGAUGAUGCUACUGUGUAUGACAUGUUUUUUGUUAGAAUCAGCUCCUCUUGUUCUCAGGUUUUGUACUCUUAAGUUGGUGGUAACUUUUCUUUAGUUGCUGUGCUCUACAAAUCUGUAAAAUUUUGCUCAGUGUAAUUGUAGGAAAAAAGAGAUUUAUUUCAAUUUUAAUUUUUUUUAAAUCUUCUUUCAUCAGCCA